AUGAAUAUAGAGACUCCUGAAACAAUCAAAGUUUCAAAAACUAAUAGUUCUAAUCCUAAUCAUUUUAGCUUGGUUACAGAAAAAAUAGAUUUUAACGAUCCAAGACCUUUAUUACGAUUUAAGACUCGAUUGGCUCAUUAAAUUAUGAAAAAGUGA